UGGGUGGGUGCAAACACAUGAAUCGUAGCUGCGGGCGGGAGGAAUAUCAGGUGCAUCUCUACGCCCCGAGGGCUCGACUCCUACAUUAAAUCCCUCCCACUGGAACAGCCGGCUCCAGUUUCAGCGAGAGCGAGCGUGAGAACAGGUCCUGCUCCGGCCAGGCAGCCAUAGCCACGGCUUCCACCUCCCCGCCUCUGCUCCCGGUCCCCAAAUGAGCGAGACUUCCCUGGUCACACCCACAGCCCGUGGAGCUGGCUUCAAGUAAAAGCACUCACUCAGAAAGGAAAGCGAAGGAGAAGCACUGACCUGCUUCCUUAAAAAUCACCAAAGCUGAACUACGCAGGAGCCGGCAGGGCUCAGACGCCUAACCACAGAGGGAAAAUGAGCCUUCUCAAAGAGCGAAAACCAAAAAAGCCGCAUUACAUCCCCAGGCCCCCAGGAAAGCCCUUCAAGUACAAGUGUUUCCAGUGUCCCUUUACUUGCAACGAAAAGUCACAUCUUUUUAAUCACAUGAAAUACGGUCUCUGUAAAAACUCCAUCACUUUAGUGUCCGAGCAAGAUCGCAUUCCCAAGUGUUCCAAACCGAACUCUUCGGACCCUAAGCCAACCAAUCAGUCCGACCCCAUGGCAAAGCCCACCUCCUCCAAGCCCGUCCCAAGUGGGCUCUCACACCUGGACGCCAAGCUCCAACAUGGCCUCGCCAAGGAUGACAUCAAGGAAAAUGUGGACCUGCAUGCGUGCGGGCCCCACAGGUGCCCCGGACAGAAGCCCACUCUCCACAAGGAAGCAGCACCCCUGAGUCCAGCUCCAGAAGCCACCGCGGGCACCCAGCCUGUGCUGGAAGGCGCUACCCGGCCUUCAGCAUUCAUUCCAGUCGGCGAGCACAGACUCAAAGGGCAGGAACUCACCGAGGCUCCUGAAGCGCUGACCCUGACCCAGCCCCCUGCCAAAGCUGCCUCCUUCCACACCAAGUCUGCCUUUCAUGCCCCUGGCUACCCGUGGAAAGCUGGCUCACCUUUCCUCACGCCUGAGUUUCCACAUAAAAUCCCAUCCACAAAGGGGUUUGGUGCCACUUCCCCGUACGUGCACCCCACCAUCGCAGAGUACCCACCUCACUUUUACACAGAGCACGGACUGGCCACCAUCUACUCACCGUACCUACUCGCAGGGAACUCACCCGAGUGUGACAGCCCCCUGCUGUCCGUCUACGGGGCCCAAGACCAAAGACAUUUCCUGCCUCACCCAGGGCCGAUCCCUAAGCACCUGAACCCGGCUCCAUCCACGUACGACCAUUACAGAUUCUUCCAGCAGUAUCACUCCAAUCUGCCGAUUCCUUAUGGAUUUUAUAGACCAGAGUCUGCAUUUUCCUCCUACGGCCUCAGACCCCCACCCGUUGCUGGUAUUUCACAAGAUCAAAGCUCACACCUACUGGAAGAAGCUGCCCUGGCCUACCCGGCCUGGAGUCCAUCCAAGUUAACCUCUUCCAACUCCCACAAAAAACACACAGAGUUUGAGAAAGAGAGUCCGACUCCCGAGGCUAAAGACCUUUCCAAAGAUGGGCAGAGGGACACGGAAGGGACCAAAAUGAGCCCACGUGCAGGCAGCGCGGCCACAGGCUCCCCGGGAAGGCCGAGCCCCACCAAUUUCACGCAGACAAGCCAGCCCUGUGCCGGGCUGUACAGCCUCUUGGACAUGCCGGCCUCCGGCGCCCCAGGAAGUCUCCAUCCACCAGAACAGAGCCUCACAGCCUUCAAGCCUGUCAAGAAGAACACGGAGCGCCCACAUUCCCAGGCCCCAGAAAACAGAGCUGCAUCUCCAGAAAGCCUCGAGGCCAUGAACGAAGACGCUCUGGCUCAGAUGGGGAGCCUGGAAGCUGCACCCUCCAGCCCAGAGGACGGCUCCAGGGCAGCCCCUCUGAACCUGUCCACGAAACCAGAAGCGGAGCCGGCCACUACACACACCACUGCCUAUGGAGAAUUUGUGGAGCCACAGGACGCGCCCCUCAACCUCUCGGUGAAGGACCCCUGCAACGCCCUGACCUCGAGGCCCUCCGUCCGCAGCCGCCCGAGAGGGGCCGAACCCGCGGCUGCCCCCACCCCAACUCCUGCUCCGCAGUCGGAGACAGCAAGUUCCGGGGGCGGGCCCGACCCCAGCUCUGCGGAGGCCCCUGUGCCCAGCCCCGCCGGGAAGGCCCAGGACGCACGCUCGGCUGACAGUGACGAGCAGAAGCAGACUGCGGCCGUGGCCCUCUGCCAGCUGGCGGCCUACAGCCCAGGGAACGUCGAGCCCGCUGCCCAGGAGCCUGCCUGCCAGCCAGACGCACCCACCCCCAGAGCCCCUGAGAGCCAGGAGGCUCAGUGCGACCUCAGACCCAAAGGGCAAAAGAGGACGAGCCCCAGGGAGGCAGGGAAGGCCCAGCAGGGAACCAAGAAGGCAAAGCCCAGCGACACAGCCAGGGUGUUCACACUCCGGAAAAGAACGCGGGUGUCUUAGAGCCACCUCUGGCCAGCCACAGGCUGCAGCCACAAGCACGCCUUCCGGUGUAGGCGAGACAGCAGCAAACCUCCAUCUGGCCCUUGCUUUUUCAUCUGGUAAAUUUUUACAACGCAGUUUUCUUCUUCUCAAAAAAAAAUUAAACUAAACCUGCAACUCAAUUCAGUUUUGUAAAUACUAAGCAUGAACACUAAAAGGUGCUUCUACUUUUGGUUGUAAAAUAUUUGAAUGACUCACACUGUAGGACCUGAUGAAAUGCAUAGAACUAAAAGGUAACUUUUAGGUGUUAGCAUCUUAGAGAAACUCUCUUUAAAACACUUUUCUUAUAAAUAUCUCAGCCCUAGAACAAACUGUUUUAACUGUUUUUCUAUUAAAUCUACUGUGUGUUUUGAAGUAAAUAACAAUUACUGGGGAAAAAUGUCAGGAAAAGACAUUUCCAGUACUAGCAUUAAAGUUCUGUGUGUAAAAACACUGUGAUUUGUUAUGACUGAAUAAUACACAGACAGCAAGAGGCUAUUUAUACAAGUAAUUUAUUUCCACUGGGGAGAAUGCAUUGCUGGGGAAGCUAUUCUCAACAUGCUCUGUCUUCACAACUCAUUCAGACUCGUUUUCCACUUCCUAAAAUGAUGUAUAUGUUGCUAAUUUUCCAAUAAACUCAUAGGUGAACUUUAAGGAUACAUAAAAAGAAGACAAGCAUAAACUCUGUGUUAUACAAUAUUUUGCCACAAUAAAUAAACUCAAUGAAAAAGAGAAAAGACCUGAGGCAGCAAUUAAAACUGAGGACGAGGGUACAUCUGUGUGUGCAUGUGAGGGCGUGUGCAUGUGUGCAUGUGUCUGCUGUCCACCGGUAGUCAUCCAGCCCGGGGGAGCGCAGGCAUCCGGGGGCACCUUUGGAGACCAAGCGUACAGGGCCUGGCUGGCUUCACAAGGGCCCUUCCCCACUGUUCAGAGGGUGUUUCUCAGCAAUGCACUGCCUGGGGGCGGGCGGGGGGUCAAGAAAGGGCCUGGAAACAGUGGCACCGAGCUGAGCUGACUGGGUGAACCCUCCCUCCACAAGAUGGGCAGUUUCAACUCACACUCUGACCAAAACAGAGGUGGUCCCAAUAGAGCCAUCCAAUGAGCGUUCAAAGAAAAAGCACUGCUAAAGCUAACACCUGCCGUUCCCAGUGACGUGCACGUACAACAAGGUCUCUCAGUGCUCAGAGCUAAAAAUUAAAAUUUUUUAAAUAAAAAGUUGAUCUGGAACAUUGCCUUGUUCUAGAUAUAAGCACUACUCACCGAAAGAUAGCCUGAACUAAAAACCCAUCUUGUUAAUAGUUGCAUUCCAAUAAAAUGUUAUCUUCAGUUGUUUUGAUCAAGUUUGUACUAAUAACUAAUCCUGUAAAAACUCAAUCUAGAAAACUUAAAUACUUACUACCUUUUGGCAGAACAAAAUGUAAGAGUUAAAGUUUGCAUUCACAGACAUCCUCUUGCUGAAGAUACUUGACAGGGAGAUCAGCAAAAGAUUCUCAAGCACAGAAACAUGUUACAUUAAGGAAAAAUUUUCUAGGAAAAGUAAAUGGAAAUACAGGUUCAAGGAGACAAAGAAUAAAAUCCCUGCAUUUUAGAUGGAGGAUGGUGGAUUCCAAGGUACCAUGAUGACUGGAUCCCACCAGACAUAUUUAAAACAGUGAUGCAGAAGCUUUGUUUUAAAAUGACACCAUUCAGGAUGGCAAAUAACCUGCCUUGCAGCAAGUUAAAUCUAUACAAAACCACUGAUACCAACUCACAAGAGGGAUGCAGAGCUUGUCAUGUUCUUUUAAGGCAAAUAGGAGGCCGCUGUUACAAACUGCCCCUAAACCAUCCAGGAUGGCCCACGAGCCCCUGCCGCCCGUCCGAGGUGUGCCUGCAGACAGCCACACAACCACUAACCCAGUGCGUGCGCGCUGUCACGACCAGAAACCGAUGCACACCUGUGCAGCCUUCACUGGCAUGCCUGGGCUCUCCUUUUUUUUAUAUACCAAUAUGCUUUGACAAAGACCAAAAACAGGGUACCCCUGCCUUCCAACAAGUCCAUACCCUGUGGGAAGCAGAGCCAGGCCUCAGAAGCCUCCAGGAUUGGGGCCCAAAGCCUCACGCCCUAGAGACAAGCUCUCGCCUCGUGCCUUACACACAAGAACAUAAACCUUCCGGGGCCCAAAGAUUCUGAGGACACUGUUGUAUAGCUCACCCAGAACUGUCCGCCACCAUCUUAAGUGACAAGAAGAGGAACCAGAGACGGUUAACGACUGUCCGGUCUCCUGCAACCACACAGGCCAGGCGCCCAGCGCUGCCUCCAGAUGUUCACGGUGGAGCCAUGUGUGCCUUCAGCCCUGUGGACUCCUCCCGCCCAAUGCAGUUCCUCCAAAAGGUCACCUGCGCACACACAGCCGCAGAAACCAUGCAGGCUCUCUGUAUCUAUCCUUACAAGCACCAUGGGGUCUUAGAUCUUUGUAACAAAAAAAAGAAAAAAAACCAGUCUUGGUGGUUUUUCAAUGACAGUACGUUUCUUCAUUCACAUAUAACCCA